AUACUAUUGUAUUAAAUUAAACCAACCUCGAGUGUUAAACGGUCCAUAAUACAGGGGGCGGUUUAGUCAAUACAGAUUCCCAUCAAAGUGUUUGACAUGAUGCAGAUUGCCUGAGAUGAGGGGGACGUCUUAUGACGAAAUUAUCCCUAAUCUGAUUUUCCUCCUGGACAGACUCCGGGCAACAAUUAAAGUUUCUCCCCAAAUACAGAAAGGGUAAUAUAGUCAACAAAACGGCACGCGCAACAAUCCUCACCACAAAUACCGAAAAAGUUUUGGAUUUUCCAUAGGACCCAUACCAUCAUAGUGAUUUCGUGAGUACAUUUUCAAAAGCGUUCGCAUCGAGUGGCUCCCGCAAAACGAUGAGGUCAUUUUCGGAAAUAUAUAUCCCACCCCACACCCAACGUAACGUGGCAUCUUGAGCCGAGACCUCGAACAAAAACCCGGUUCAGACCUCAACACGUAACGCAUUCAGCUACUAUUACAGUUCUCGCUAUUCGCCGCGUAAGAUUUACACGUGUCAGUUAAUUACACCGUCAUUGCAAUUUCGUCCCCGUUGCCUUUAAAUAAUCCAUGCUUUUUGAACAGCUCCUUAUCCUCUCCUCGAUCACUGCACGAAAGCCAUAACUUCACGCAACAAAAUAAGUCCACCUUCAGUCGCCGGAGACUAACUCGCCAGGAAGGAAAACAUGGAACCUCCGGCGAUUUCCGAUGACUUUUGGAUCAAUUUAAUUUUGUUGCGUCUCUUGUUUGGAAACUCUAAUAAUCUCUAAUAGUAAUUUCUAGCGGUAGAAACCCUAAGCUAAAGUGACUUUACUUGGCAGAGUUUUCAAGUUAUUCUAUGUUUAGUUUCACAAGGCAGAAGCAAAUUAUUACUUCAAUAUAAUAAAGGAAAAGCCAUAAAAUAUAGAAAAAGGAAAUCAGCGAAACUUGCUCUGUUUUCAGCGUCUACAGUUUUGGCAGCAGAAAUUCGACAUAUUCCUUUGCUUUUUGUGACUUUUCCUUUUUUUUAGUGCUGAGUUUUCUAACUUUCUUCAUCCUCAAACUUUGAAAACAAAUGCGGAGAAUCGAGAAAAGGUGAAUGCGUAGAACUUAUCAAACUUAAUUACUCCAAUUAAAAGUUACGUGUUCUUCUGACUCCAAUUAAAAGUUAAUCUCGAUAUUCUGUAAUGGAAGAGACAAACAAUUGAGAUCGUAAGAGAGACUCUGAUUUGAACUUGUGAUGCCUUUUACUAUGAAAAUUCAGCCGAUCGAUUUUCAGAUAGAUGCUGAGAGGACUCAAGUUGAACCGGUGAAGCCGAUUGUUAAGUCACGGCUGAAGCAGCUCAUCGAACGUCAAUUCCCUGGUGUUCUGAGAAUUUCCGCGUCGGAGAAGAUCAGCGUUGGCGUGGACGCAAACGCAACAGCUGAUUUUGAACCAAGCUCUGUGAGUUUGGCGAAAAUGGUAACUAAUUACAUCGAGGAGAAUCACGAGAAACAAUCGGUUUCAGUUAAGUGUGGACGCAACCGCUGUAACUGCUUCAAUAGAAACUGUGAAGAUAGCUCCGACGAUGAAUUAGACACGCUUGGCGGUUUUGGUGGUUUCGGCGGUUCCAACUCAAACUAUUCUCCUGAAAUUCUCAAGGGUUUGGUAGCUUGUAAAAGUGUGGGUGAGAGGAAUCUUCUAGCAGACACAUCAAAGAUAGUUGAUAAGAAUAAAACGUGCAAACGCAAAGACAGUGUUUGCAAAAAUACCGUUACGGAAGCGUUGUUAGCUCUUGGUUACGAUGCUUCCAUUUGUAAAUCUCGCUGGGAAAAAUCUCCUUCAUAUCCCGCUGGGGAAUAUGAAUACAUAGAUGUGAUAAUAGGGAAUGAACGGUUGAUAAUUGACAUUGACUUCAAGUCAGAAUUCGAGAUCGCAAGAUCAACAAAAGCUUACAAGACGAUUCUCCAGAACCUUCCUUACAUAUUCGUUGGCACGUGCGACCGUUUAGAGAGAAUCGUGGCAAUUGUAUCAGAGGCAGCGAAGCAGAGUUUGAAGAAGAAGGGAAUGCACGUGCCGCCGUGGAGAAGAGUCGAAUACGUCAAAGCGAAGUGGUUUUCAACUUACACGAGAAUUACGCAAAGGAUCAGAGAGGAAAGGCAUAAACAUCAGAUUUUGAAUUUGAUGGAAAACUGUGUCUCGAGUUCCGGUGAAGAGGAGAAGACGGUGGCUGAAUGGAAGCCGCCAGAGUUGAAACCCAAGGGUUCUUUGAAUGGGGUUAAGGUCGUGACUGGUUUAACAGUCGUCUUUGAUAAUGAUAAAUAAACCAUUGAAUUUUUUACUGUUUCUAUUUUCGGCUUAUUUUUUUAUAUUUUAAUUUCCCAAUAUGAGGAUUAAAAUUUUAAAAAUCUUACGUGACUGUAACAGCUCUAAUUCUAUUCCCUUCUGUUUUUUUUUAAGUAUGGGAUGGAGUUUAACUAAUAUGAAAUUAAAUAAAGUUGAGAUAUAGUUUUUUGUAA